CCACAACCACCGGCGCGCGUUUAGCCACCCGAACAGCAAAGUCCUCUCUCUCUCUCGCAGAGAUAAAAAGGAGAGACGCUAUUCAUACGAUUCGACCACAGAAACAGAGGACGCAAGCUGCUGCUGCUUGGCUCGCGUCCACACAAGAGCAUCGAAUUCUCUGUGUCUUCACCCGUGCGCGUCGCGCUACGCAGUACAGCACCGAGUCGAAGCCAUGGAGGACGACCCUUCGAACACCAACCAUCCUCAGGCACCCACGAAGUUCAAGUUCACCUCCCCGUCCGGCGUGUUCCAAAAGCUUAGGUCCAACUUGGCCAUCCGCUCGAAAUGGGGUGAGAUCAAUGGAGCCGUGGGCGACUUGGGCACGUACAUCCCCAUAGUCCUGGCCUUGACGCUGGCCAAGGACCUCAACCUCGGCACGACCCUGAUAUUCACUGGCGUCUACAACAUGGUCACCGGCGCCAUAUACGGCGUCCCGAUGCCGGUGCAACCCAUGAAGGCGAUCGCGGCGGCUGGGAUCUCGAGUGCCGACUUCGGCAUCCCGGAGGUCAUGGCGGCUGGGAUUUGCACCGGCGCGAUCUUGGUCUUCCUCGGGGUCACGGGGCUGAUGCAGCUCGUUUAUAGGCUGAUUCCUCUGUCUGUUGUUAGGGGGAUUCAGCUCUCGCAAGGGCUGUCGUUCGCGAUGACUGCUGUGAAGUACAUCAGGAAAGUUCAAGACUUUUCGAAGUCGAAAUCCCCUGGGAAUAGGCACUGGCUUGGGUUGGAUGGCCUGGUGCUGGCCAUUGUUUGUGCUUGUUUCAUUGUGGUCAUCAAUGGUGCCGGUGAAGAGAAUGAAGAGACGGAAAGUUACCGGGAAUCGGGCGACGACAUCGAGGAUCAAAGCUCGACGAGGAAGAGAAAAUGGAAGAAGAUCAUGAGGGCUCUUCCUUCAGCUUUCAUUAUCUUCCUGCUAGGUGUUGUCCUGGCCUUCAUCAGAGAGCCUAAAGUGGUCAGGAGCAUUAAAUUUGGUCCGUCCUCUAUAGCAGUUGUGAAGAUUUCAAGGCAUGCUUGGAAAGAGGGAUUCAUUAAAGGCACAAUUCCCCAACUCCCGUUAUCGAUAUUGAACUCGGUUAUUGCGGUGUGCAAGCUGUCGUACGAUCUCUUCCCCGAGAAGGACUUCUCUACCGCGUCAGUCGCGGUCACGGUAGGACUGAUGAAUCUGGUCGGGUGCUGGUUCGGGGCCAUGCCGUGCUGCCAUGGCGCCGGAGGGCUGGCGGGGCAGUACAAGUUUGGCGGCAGGAGCGGCGGCUGCGUGGCGAUCCUGGGAGCCGCCAAAUUGAUUCUUGGUCUGGUCCUUGGGAGUUCUCUGGUGAAGGUGUUGGAUCAGUUCCCCGUUGGCGUGCUUGGUGUCCUGCUUCUGUUUGCAGGGAUUGAGCUGGCCAUGGCUGCCAGGGACAUGAAUUCGAAGGAGGAGGCUUUCGUGAUGCUGAUCUGCGCAGCGGUUUCCCUAGUUGGAUCGAGCGCAGCGCUCGGGUUUCUUUGUGGGAUGGUGGUUCAUGUGCUACUCAAGUUGAGGAAUUUGAGUAGCUUUCGUUCCUGCUCGACGACAUGGAUGCAAGGAAGGCCUUGAGUUCAUCCGUGCUAGAACAUAUGGAUGCAUAAAACACUUAGAUGUGUAUUAUGUGCUGCAAUACUUGAAUUAAGUACUCGUGUAUAUAAUCUUUCAAGCGUCUGAUUUGAGUGCUUUUCAUCAACUUGUACUUGCUCUUUCACUUUUAUUUCACUUGCUCGUUUUAUCUUUGA